AUGGACUCCGAUUCUACCGAGGAGUGGGCCUGGACGUUCAAGAUCGGGGACCAAAGCGUGUGUUUGACCGGAAACUCGGGCGAUUCGCUGCCGUGGCAGUCGGCAGUCUCACAGAGCAUCGACUUCUCGUCAUCCAAGGCCCAGAUAAGGCUGAAUAUCGACGCCUGGGAGAAGGACGCCCCAGGACCCCUGUGCACGUGGGAGCAUGCCGACUCCGCCAGGCAACGCAUACUGGGAAACGUUGAUUUGAAUCUGGCCUCUCUCACCUUCGACGAAACGCCCGUAUCCUGGACGAAAACGCUGGACUUCAUAGACAGGUCAUACCUGUCGGGCGAUCAGAAAUGUUCCACGACUGUUGGAGGCCAGAUCCGCAAGCGCGACACCAACUACAUGAACGGAGGACCUCUCGUCAAGGAAGUCCUUCUCUAUACCAACAACGGGUUGCAGCUCCUCAUCAGAGGAACGGACUUGAAUCCUGAUCCGCAGGAGCAGCCCGUGGUGCAGGUCACGGGUAUCUCGUGUACCCUGGUCUCGCCUGAGUCGGCCCCCUCCGCAACGCUCGAGCUGCAGGUGCAGGUGCAGACGAGACUCGGCCUCUCGCGCUCCGCCAAGGCCUCCUUCCCAGCGUGCCCGGCAGGGGACUGCCAGAACGGGGGCGUCUGCUGGUGGAACAAGGGCAGGGCCACUACCUUGUGCAUGUGCCCCGAGGACUACUACGGCGACCAUUGCCAAUACGUCGUGUCUCCGGAUGAACCGCAACUCCAGGCCACGGCGCCCCUUGGCGGCGACUACACUCUGGAGGGGGAGACGGUGAUAGCCUUGAUUGGCGAGGUUAUCCCCAGGGCAUCUCUUUCAAUGUCCGCCCACUGCCUGAUCACAAGCGGCACGCCCGCCGAAUACGAGGUUAAGGACGGGCAAUUGAUUGAACACGGUACCGAAGUAUGGAAGGGUCCGGUGACGCCCUAUGACGGCCGAAUUGUUGCCCAGUCGGAGUCGCGCACCAUCUCUGGCCUGUGCAUCAUGCCCGCCCACCACCUGGCGGCCUACGCGCGCGCCCAACCGUCUAAUGACGUCCCAAGGCACCUCAAGGUGGGCGUCGUGUGGCAGUCCAACCUGGCCGCCCAGAACAGGUCGAGCAAGUUCAAGGGCAUCUUCAUGUUUUACGGGUCGCUCAAUUUGAAGAGCUCGAUCGUGGAGGCUAAGCGCAACCAAGGUGACCAAGAAGGGAUACGGAUGGGCAGCGAGCAGAGCGUGCGCGUGAGCCUGUGCGACGCGGACGGGAACAACCGGGUGGGCGGCGAGGACGCCGACCUGUUCUUCCUCGACUUUUUCGCCGGCCCUUCGCUCCAGCCCCAGGUGGGGGUGAACGGAGGCGUGGCCAAGCAGUUCAAAUACUCGGAGUGCCUUAAGCAAAGUCAGAACCCGACAUGCGCCUAUUACGAGUUCAUCGUGUCGUUCGACUUUGCCGGCACCUACAAGGCCCAUGUGCUGGCCUUCAACCAGACCACCCAGCUCGUACAGAUACAGGAGGAUCUGGUGUUCAACGUUAUUGUUCAAGACCUGGCGCUGCCGGUGGCGCCCGCAUCGGCUUCGAGCAUCUCGUGGGCCGACAGCCUCAAGGAUCGCGAUGCUCUUCCUCUCUUCGACAAGAACCUCGCCCAAACGAUAUCGCCCAACACGGGAGCGGCGGACAGGUUGGGCGUGCUCGAGGCCCUGUUCGAGCGCGUCCAGGGCCGGUGGUUCAGCCAGCGGCAGACGGUGAGCGUGGCCUUCGAGAGCGGGCCGUCGGAGGUGUCCAUGGGCUCGGUGCACACGGUGCUCGCCCAGGGCACCGACGACCCCUACUUUUGCGACACCCACACCGACGAGCUCAAAACUGGAGCGAUGACGAGGUCGAUAAAGCCGUGGCUAAAGUGGGCCAAUGUGCCGCACACGUUUCACAUGUCGAGUGUGGGCAUGAGCGAGACUGAAUGCCUGAGCUCGGUGACGGUCAACGUGGUGCUGGUGCACAGCUCGCCCAACGACGUCCGCAUCACGCUCACGCGUGAGGGCAAGCAGAGCGUGCUACCUCGGGCCAACAGCAUGAGCACCACCGUCCUCCUCAAGGACUUUGGCAAUGGCACACUGCCGCAGGAAUUCACGCCGCUCACAGUGCCAAAACUGGGGUCACUGGCGGGGCUGCCUGCGCUGGCUGAUUGGACGCUCGACGUCCAGCAGCAGCCACACUCGACUGGGUCGGGUUACGUUCUCAAUUGGUGGCUCGAUGUCGGGACCGACAACUGCCUCCACUUCCAAGGUACCGAAGCGCCGCCCCUCUGCAGCUUCGGCCAAGGGCAGCUGUACGCGCGUGCCGCCACCGAUGACGACACCGUGUUCCUCGAAUGCCCCGUCGGCAGCAUCAUCUCCGAGAUUUUGUGGGCGCGCUACGGCCGCAUCGAGGGCUCGUGCGAGGAGGCUAUCACGACACCGCUCACGGUGCACGACGCGUGCGAGGCCUCGCGGGCCACGGUCAAGAAGCGCGUGGCGAGCGCAUGUGUAGGGAAAACGUCGUGCGUAGUGCGCGCCGUUGACACCCUCUAUGGCGAGGUCGAGGGCGAGCCGUUCCUGUGCGCCGGCGAGCAGGUCGAGUGUCGCGAGGACCGGUCGCUGCUGGCCGAGCGGUCGAGCCGGCGGCAGGCGCUGUACGAGUCGCGCGAGCACCACGCGCAGGCGCACAUGGCGCCGGUGACCUAUGCCGGCACGGAGGACCACUACUUGAAGUCGACCAUGGUGCGCCACCACACGGAGCCCUUCUUCCGCCCGCGCCUCGACAACAACGGGAGCGUGGUGGUGGCGCGAGACCUGAGCAUGGAGUGCAGCUCGGAGCCGCGGGUGAAGAAGGCACUCAUGGUGCAGGCCCGUUGCAAA